UGCCUUGCCGUGGCGAAGGGGCUUGAAGAACUCAGAGAAGCUAUGAACUAUGCCGAGCAGGGCACACAAGAUGAACAGGUCAUAGUGGAGAGUUUCGACCCAACGUGAUCCACCUGGAGGAGGAACCGGCAAGCCACUCCAGUAUCCUUGCCAAGAAAACUCCAUGGACAAAGACAACAGGCAUAUAAAAGUUAUGACGCUGGAAGAUGAGCCCCUCAGGUCGGAAGGCGUCCAACAUGCUACUGGGGAAGAGCGGAGGGCAAGUACAAGUAGAUCUAGAGCUGAUGAAGCGGCUGGGCCAAAGCCGAAAGGACGCUCAGUUGCGGAUAUGCCUGGAAGCGAAAGGAAAGUCCAAUGCUGUAAAGAAAAAUAUUGCAUAGGUACCUGGAAUGUAAGAACCAUGAACCUGGGUAAGUUGGAGGUGGUCAAAAAUGAGAUGGCAAGAAUAAAUAUUGACAUCCUGGGCAUCAGUGAACUAAAAUGGACGGGAAUGGGCGAAUUCAGUUCGGAUGACCAUCACAUCUACUACUGUGGGCAAGAAACCCGUAAAAGAAAUGGAGUGGCCCUCAUAGUCAACAAAAGAGUGGCGAAAGCUGUAUUGGGAUGCAAUCUCAAAAAUGAUAGAAUGAUCUCGAUACGAAUCCAAGGCAGACCAUUUAACAUCACAGUAAUCCAAGUUUAUGCACCAACUACUGGUGCUGAAGACACUGAAAUUGACCAAUUCUGUGAAGACUUACAACACCUUAUAGAAGUGACACCAAAGAAGGACGUUCUUCUCAUUAUAGGGGAUUGGAAUGCUAAAGUAGGGAGUCAAGAGAUAAAAGGAACAACUGGCAAGUUUGGCCUUGGAGAUCAAAACGAAGCAGGGCAAAGGCUAAUAGAGUUCUGUCAAGAGAACAAGCUGGUCAUCACAAACACGCUUUUCCAACAACACAAGAGACGACUCUACACAUGGACAUCACCAGAUGGGCAGCAUCGAAAUCAGAUUGAUUAUAUUCUCUGCAGCCAAAGAUGGAGAAGCUCUAUACAGUCAGCAAAAACAAGACCUGGAGCUGACUGUGGCUCAGAUCAUCAGCUUCUUAUAGCAAAAUUCAAGCUUAAACUGAAGAAAGUAGGAAAAAGCACUGGGCUGGUAAGAUACAAUCUAAGUCAAAUCCCUUAUGAAUACACAGUGGAAGUGAGGAACAGGUUUAAGGAUUUAGAUUUGGUGGACAGAGUGCCUGAAGAACUAUGGAUGGAGGCUCGUAACAUUGUACAGGAGGCAGCAACGAAAACCAUCCCAAUGAAAAGGAAAUGCAAGAAAGCAAAGUGGCUGUCCAACGAGGCCUUAAAAAAUAGCGGAGGAAAGAAGGCAAGCAAAAUGCGAGGGAGAUAGUGAAAGAUACAGGAAAUUGAAUGCAGAUUUCCAAAGAAUAGCAAGGAGAAACAAGAAGGCCUUCUUAAACGAGAAAUGCAAAGAAA